AUGGCGUUGUUGCUGCCCCGCACCCUGGGCGAACUGCAGCUCUACCGCGUCCUCCAGCGAGCCAACCUCCUCUCCUACUAUGAGACCUUCAUCCAGCAGGGCGGCGAUGAUGUGCAGCAACUGUGCGAGGCUGGUGAGGAAGAGUUCCUGGAGAUCAUGGCUCUGGUUGGCAUGGCGACCAAGCCACUCCAUGUCCGGCGCCUCCAGAAGGCUCUGCGGGAGUGGGCAACCAAUCCUGGUCUCUUCAACCAGCCGGUGCCCUCCAUACCUGUAAGCAGCAUACCACUCUUCAAAAUCUCCGAGUCCGGGAGCCAGAAAUCACUCACCAAUGGACACACCAGUCCAGGAGAGAUCCCUGGCAAAACCAGCACCACUUCCCCUUCCAAAAGCCCCUCCGAGCCACGAGAGAAGCUGUCCCCCUUGUCAGCCAUGCAGUGGGGGAACCCUGAGUCUGAAGAAGAAGGAGGGGUAACCUCACCCAGCGAGACCCCAUCGUCCACUGAGCAUCUCGAUCCAGAGCUGGCCCAUGCAGUGUCGGACGGGGUGGAUCGUCUGCUGCGCAGCUGCCCGCGCAGUGGAGAUGUGGAGUUGAAGACCCUCCUGAAGCUGAAUAAGAAGUUGGCCAAAACAGUGGGGCAUAUCUUCCAGAUGGACAAUGGAGACCCUCGGAAGGAAGAAGAGAUCCGGCGUCACAGUGCCAUCUAUGGCCGGGGUGAAACUCGGCGAUGUGAGGGCAAACAGCUCACCCUUCAUGAGCUCACAAUUAACGAGGCUGCUGCUCAGUUCUGUCUGCGGGACAAUUCACUGCUGUUGCGUCGUGUGGAAUUGUUCUCGCUGUCGCGUCAGGUGGCUCGGGAGAGCAGCUACCUAUCUUCACUGAAAGGUUCCAGACUGCGUCCAGAUGAAAACUGUGGGGGACAAGCUAAGCGCUUCAAGCAAGAGGUUGCAGAACACAGCCGCCCAGAGCUUUCCUUGGUCUGUGAACCCUUCCUUCCUCCAUACCGAUCCAGCGUUGAAGAAGACACAGCCAGCUUGUCUGGGGAAAGCUUAGAUGGACAUCCACAAGCUACUGGGUCUUGUCCCCGGCUUACGCCACCCCCCAACACCGCUUCUGAUGCACUGCUGAGCCUCCCGCCACAUGGGCUAUGGAGUCGUCACAUCCUGCAGCAGACACUGAUGGAUGAAGGGCUGCGAUUGGCCCGGCUGGUGUCCCAUGAGCGAGUGGGAAGGCUCAGUCCAUGUUUGCAAGGAAAACCCCAGAUGCCUGAGUUUGGGGAAACACUUUCUGAGAGAUGCCAGCCUCCCGCAGCACAGCCGGAAGCUAGAAGAAAUAGCAUUAAGAUGGAACCAGACACCAGCCGGCAGUGA